AUGGUUUUUAAAGCUGUUAUUUUAGUUGGUGGUCCUUCUCGUGGUACGCGUUUUCGUCCGCUUUCUUUAGAUGUUCCGAAGCCCCUGUUUCCGGUGGCUGGCCAUCCAAUCAUCUGGCAUCAUUUAGAAGCCUUAUCAAAAGUCGAAGAAUUACAAGAAGUGUUACUAAUAGGAUUUUACGAAGACAAGGUUCUUGAAAGAUUUAUCGAAGAUUCUUCUCGUGAUUUUCCUCAAAUUAAUAUUCGUUAUCUUCGUGAAUAUCAAUCAUUGGGAACCGCAGGAGGUCUAUAUCAUUUUCGUGAUGAAAUUCAAAGAGGAAAUCCUGAGCAAGUUUUUGUACUUAACGCGGAUGUGGCUUGUAGUCUACCAUUAAAUGAGAUGAUCAAAUUUCAUAAUACACAUCGUGGCUUAUGUACAAUAUUGGGUAAAAAGGUCAAUCGCGAAGAAGCCUAUAAAUUUGGUUGUCUUGUAGCGAAACCUGACAGUCGAGAAGUAUAUCAUUAUGUUGAGAAACCCGAAAGUUUUGUUUCUGAUUUAAUUAGUUGUGGAAUUUACUUGUUUGAUUGUGCUAUAUUCAAUGAAAUGAAAAAGGCAAUGCAUAACAAAGCUAAUCAAGUCGAUCAAGAUCAAUUUCAAGGACUUGAUGAUAAACUUCGAUUGGAACAGGAUAUACUUCGCACGUUGGCAGAUGCCAGAAAACUUUAUGUAUAUGAAACAGAGGAUUUUUGGAUGCAAAUCAAGACUGCAGGAUCGGCAGUUCCGGCCAAUGCAUUAUAUCUUGCACAAUAUAAAAAAAACAAUCAGGAUCGGUUAUUAAAAAAUGAACCUAAUGGACCUGAGGUAGUUGGAUGUGUCUAUAAACAUCCUAGCGCAAUUAUUGAUCCUAGCGCAAAGAUUGGACCUAACGUUACCAUUGGAUAUCGUGCAAUUAUAGGAAAAGGUGUUCGUAUCAAGGAUUCGAUUAUCCUGGAUAACGCAGAAAUUAAAAAUAAUAGUUGCGUUUUAAACAGUAUCAUUGGUUGGGAUUCGAAAGUUGGAUAUUGGACGCGUGUUGAAGGAACACCAACAUCGAACCAUGCAACAACCAUCACGCAGAAUGGAAUUAAGAUCCAAUCGAUUGCUAUUCUCGUAAUUCAUAAUAAAAAUGAUAAACAAGAAUUAAGAAAUUGGAUUAGACAAGAAUUUGAAAUUUAUAAAACAGAAACGGAUACUGAAAAAAUUAAAGAAUUACUUUCAAGAGGUAAAAGAGAAUUUAAAAGAAUAAGUGGAUUCAUAAUGUUAAGUUCUCCAA